CAGGAGCUCAUACACUCAGGGCCACAGAAGAGAGCAGAGAGCACACACUUGCACACACACACACACACACACACACUCCGAACAGUUACAGAGCGCAGUGAACACACACACGCACUUGCGCGCACACGCACACCCACACAAACUCCGAAUAGUUACAGCGAGCAGUAAGCACGCAUUUUUGCACAUACCCAUAAGACACACACAGACACACUAACACGCACACACACACACACACACACACACACACAAACACACACAGACACACUCAACUCAAACUCAAAAGAAGCUUUAUUGGCAUGACAAAUAAGGACAUUCGUAUUGCCAAAGCAAGACACACACUUAGAACAGUUUCAUUUCAUUUCAUCUGGAGCAGUUACAGGGAGCAGUAAGCACGCACUUGCGCACAGACUCACACACAAAGACACACACACACACUCAGGACAGUUACAGCGAGCAGUGAGUACGCACUUGCGCGCGCGCACACACACACACACACACUCGGGACACUCACGGAGAGCAGGGAGCUCGCACAGACCGACAAGGCGCACACACACUCCGGACACUUACAGAGAAUAGUAAGAACACACUUGCGCACACACACGCUCAGGACACUCACGGGGAGCAGUGAGCACAGACUCCCGCACAGACUCACCCACGCGCCCCACGGACCCGGACUUCAUUACUUCGUUACAGUUUCCCGUUGGUCUGCAGUUCGCACUUCAGUUCUCUCCAAUGAAGCUUUCCUGCCUGAUCCUGAACUCCUCUAGCUGAUUUACUGGCUUGUUUAUUCCGCCAUGAGCUGCUUGGAUGUCAUGUACCAAGUUUACGCACCGCCUCAGCCUUACUUCACCCCGACUUACAGCCCGUAUCACCACCAUCAUCAUCCUCAUCACCAGAAACUGGCGUUCUACUCCAAAAUGCAAGAGGAACCAGCGAGCGGAGGGAAUUCCUUCUCCAACAUUUCGGCCGCCACGAUAAAGGAGGAGGAAUGCACGCCACAGAAGGAGCAGCCGCCCGAGGCUGAGUACAUCAACUCCCGGUGCGUCCUCUUCACCUACUUCCAGGGAGACAUCAGCUCGGUGGUGGACGAACACUUCAGUCGAGCUCUGAGCCAAACCGGCAGCUACGGUCCCGGAUCUGCCGGCGGUAAUAAGACCACGCGGGUCUCUUCAUCCUGGAAAGAUGGAUCAUUCCCCAUGAGCCAGCGCAGCUUCCCUCCCUCGUUCUGGAACAGCGCGUACCAGUCGUCGGUCGCGGUGUCCCUGAGCGGCGCUCUGGGCGCGUCCCACACCGACCUGCCCUUCCCCGCCGACCCGUACUCCAGCGCCUCGUUACACGGCCACCUCCACCAGGCCGCGCCGGAGUCCUGGCACGCCACGCACCACCACCAUCACGCGUACCCGCUCGGAGGGGCCAUCGGCGCCCAGGGCUCGGCGUAUUCCCGCGCCUCCAUGCACGACGUGUACGGGACGCACUUCGAUCCGCGCUACGGUUCUCUCCUGGUGCCCUCGGUACGACCACACAGACUGGCGCCCGCCACGGUGCCCGCUCCGGGACCCUCGCCCUGCGAUAUCGGCAAGAGCGAGCCGGCCAGCUCGGCGUGGACCGGGACGUUCAGCGGGACGGGGUCCGAUAUGGCGCUGAACGUGGACGCAGGUCUGCAGAACCAGGAUAAAAGCAAGGACUUAUACUGGUUUUAAUGGCCCGCUUACCUGCCUACCUACCUACCCGCCCGCCUGCCUGUCCCUUCACUUCAGUUUUUUUGUAACUCUGUGCCUUAUAGGCGAGCGAGCACGGGCGAUCUUUUUUUUCCUGUAACAGAUUCUGAUUUCACUUGCAGCUCGGCGCACUUGGAGCAUCCUGAGUUAAAACCGCCGCGCCUCGCCAGGCCAGGCCGGGACGCUAACUGAGAGGACAGGCCGGCGACCGGAGGAACAGCUUUCCAGAAAUACGCCGUGACCCGCAGCUGUUCCGGCUCUCGGCCUCCUCACGCGCCCGAAUAUAAAGAAUACAAAUAUAAAAAGGGACGAGAAAUUCAUUCUGGAAUGGAGAAAAUAAACGGACGUCGACCUUCACGUGGGGACCACGUGCGACGGCGAAGGACGGGGUCUUAAGGCCGCUCUUUUUAUCAGAAACGAGAGACUGGGACGAGCGGGCGAGAGCGGAGCAUUCCCUAUCGUGACAGAGGAGACCGGAGGCUAUUUGAAGCCACUCGACUCGAUCUGUAUUGCUCUCGACAGCUGACAUUGACAACUGUUUGGAAUACAGCUCACACGCACAAUUGCACACUUGUCGUACCGGAUUCGCAAAUCAAGGGCUCUGGAUUUUAUAAACAGAGCUUUUUAAAAAUAAAAAGUACUUGUACGGAAACAACUGUUUCCUAGAUUUAGAUUUACGGGGGGACGGAGUGAGGACGUGCCAGCAGACAGAAGUACGUUUGUGUAUAUAUGACAUGGACAUGUCUGAAUGUGACUGGUUGUUAUGGACGUAAACGCACUGCCAUAAAGGUCACGAUGUUUAUUCUGUUUGGCGUUUGGUUCAGCGUGCUCCGCUCCCGGUGGUGUAUUCAUGAAAUUAAUAUAUUGCUUAUUUGUGAGGUAUUUUUCUUCAUCCUGUUUAUCUGUGCUUGUCUCUCUUCAUCCUACGAGUGGAAGCGUGUAAAUAAACUGUGAUUACGUGCCACAUG